UGUGCAGGUUCAGGUUUUUGUGUCGGCUGGUUUCCCGCACACGCUAGUUUUUACCAGUUGGACUAAAUGCGCAGAACUUACCUCAAACUUUGUCAACAACAUAAAACAGCAUCCAAACAAAAGGAACAGAAUGGCAAUUUGCAAGAUCCUCUUUUUUCUUCUUGCACUGUGUAUAUGGUGUGGGAAAUGUGAUGUGUUUUAUAAGCAAGUCGGGGAUGAGGUUUCCAUGAAGUGUGGAGUGGAUUCAAACAGUAAUAUAGAAUGGAAAUUUAACGGCGUGUUGAUCUUAACCAUUGAUGGCAGACGUGGGACUAGACGGAAGGGUACUUCCCAUAUUGCGUCAAAAGCAAGUGCAUCUGGAGACAUUUUGAAGGUUCCUAGACUGGAGACAAAAGACUCUGGAAACUAUUUCUGUAGGCAGUCAGGGAAACAACACAUAGUCCAUGUUGUGUCAGUCUUUGUUAAACCAGGCCCAGUGCUGCCGCAGUCUAGUAAUGCAGAGCUGCACUGUGACAUUACAGGAGACCCAAACAAGGAAGUACAGUGGCUGAGACCUAAUGGUCAAAAAUAUAAUGAAAAAAAUCGAGUAAUUCACCUGAAGUCUGUGACUUCAAAUGAAGCAGGCCAGUGGACGUGUCUAGUCAAGGAUGACUUGAAGCUCAGUGUAACAUUGACUGUUGUUGGUCUCCAGACCACAGCUGUUAAUGCUUCUAAAGGGGAUGACAUAGAGCUGCCCUGUUCUCUUCCUCAGAGUGUAUUUCAGCGUGUUGUGGGUGGGACAUGGAAGGCUGGCCACCUUCCCAAAGUCUCUUUCCCAACCCUGACGAACACACCAAGCAAAAUCUUACACUGGAAUGGCAAGGAUUUAUCAAAAGUCAACUUUACUACUGGGCAACUCAGCACCAACUUUGAUGUCACGUUGAAAAAUGUGCAGAGCACUGAUGAAGGGACGUUUGUGUGUACAGUGGAGUUUGAGGGUGGAGUGCGUCUAAGUGUCGAGACGACUUUGAGGGUUGUGGACAAACCAGGUAAAACAAAACAACACUGCACAGCUUAACAGAAUCAGUCUUGG